CUCAAGAAGUUGCUACAGGUCAAUGUCAAUUUCCUACAAUUCAUUACAACCCAGCUGCUCAUCCUAGACAAAUCUCUUUAUUAGAUGCAAAUGGUCAAUCAAUUCUUUACACAUUGAUACCAUCAAAUCAAGAUAGUCCAGCACAAGUUACACCGCAGUUGCAACCGAAUAAUAUCGCUGUAAUGCCAAAUGCCACGCACAUUCCACAUAAUGCGAAUGCGUGUUGUAUCUGUGGUAGUCAUCCUGUUGCUAAAUGUAGUUAUGGAAUAAGUCGUGGACGACCUUGUGGUCGUUUAUUAUGUUUAUCACAUGUAUGUGAAUUACCUGGUGGAAAUGGUGGAAGAUAUCCACAUUGUCCUGAACACUAUCAAUAUAUUCAACAAAAUAAAUUACCAAUUGUACCUUUUUCUAUUGAGGGUUCUUACGGACUAGAAGAAGAAUCUCGUAGCUGUGUCCUUAAAACUGAAAUAUUUGCCGGUUCACUUUAUGCUUGUGUAACAGUAUGCCUCAUUCCAUUGAAUGCUGUAACAAUUGUUUAUGGAAUUAUUCUUUAUCAAGUUCGUCAAUCUACUAGGCGAGUUAUGCCUUUUGCACCAAGUGGUGGUCCUGGCAAUAAUGUUGCGACGCCAAAUAUGAAACGUGAGGUGAAAAUUAUGCGACAAAUGUCAACACAAAGUGGCAUGAUAGCAAGUGGAGGAUCACUUAUUUUUGUACUUUGUAUUUGGCAUGGAAUAAAGAAGGAUUCUGCGCCAGAACCAUUGUAUUUGUUAGCUUUCACUUCAAUAACGGUUUUUGCUUUAAUGUUGACAAUAGCUCAAUUCAUCAUGAACGAAAAAGUAAAAAGUAUUGCUGUUCAAUAUGUUUGCCCGCGUCAACCAACCAUUAUUCUAAGUACGACGACUCAACAACGAGUUGUACGAUAA